AUGGAAACGGGGCCGGGACGGCCCUCGGAGCCCAAAGAUGAGCGCCUGGGCUACCAAAGCCUCCAGCCCGGUUCGCCACCGGGAUCCAGAGAGUCCAACCCGUCGCCUCUGCUCACGGACGGGCACUAUCCACCGGCUGUGGCCAAGCCGGAGCCCCCCGCAGCCUGUCUGUGCCCCACCCCGGGCUGCGAUGGGUGCCCGGGGGUGGGCUGCAGGGUGCCCAACCCCUUCGAGCCCGCCCUGGGCAUGCCCGGGGGGCGCUUCCCGUGCCCCCCCAGCAACCACACCAAGCUGAAGAAGACGUGGCUGACGCGGCACUCGGAGCAGUCGCUGCCUCGCCUCAAGGCUGCCCGGCGGGACGGGGGUCCCGAGCCCCCCGGGGAGGGCAAACGCUCUGCCAAGCGGCCCCACGGCACCGCUGAGGGACCAUACGCUGCCAGCGAGGGCGCCGGGGCGGCCAAGAGGGGCACGAAGACCACCGUGUGCCCCGGGGAUGGCCCAGAGAGUGGAGGGGACCCCGAGGAGAGGAGGAUGGAGCUGGGAGAGGGAGAGCCAUCGAACCGGCAGGAGCCGUGGUGCCUGCAGAGCCUGCCCUGCACUGCGCUGCCCCAGGGCAUCCCCCGCUGCUGUGCCUGUGCCCCCCGGGCCACGGGGGACCCCCAGGGCGAGGAGGAGGAGGAGGAGCCCCCCGAGAGCACCUGCAGGCUGCUGCACUUCCGCAGGUUUGCCCUGGGGGACAAUGGGGAGUUGAGCGUCGAUGGCCUCUGCACCCUGGGGGAGGCCGAGGGGGAGCUGCUGGAGGAAUCUGGACCUGAGCCGGGGGGCAGGAACGUGGGGAGCAGCCUCUGCCUGGCCAAGUAUCUGCUGGGGGUCCUGGGGGACCCCUUCUGCGACGCCGUCCGCAGGGACAGGGACACGUGGCCGGGAGCCCCCGGCGGGCCCGAGGGGGGCACGGCCUGGAGGAGGGGGGAAGGAGCCCCCCAGCUCUGCGACUCCUGCCAGCGCGGCUUCUUCAACUCCCACUGGAGCUGCGCCAGAUGUGGCUUCCAGCUGUGCCCCGACUGCCACCGCAGCAGGAGGGAGGCUGAUGGCCCCGAGGGUCCAGCACAGCCGCCUGAGUGCACCCCCGGGCGAGACCACCCCGUCACAGCCCUGGUCCCCACGCAGUUCGUGCCCACCUGUGUCCUGACCAGGCUCUGGAAGCUUCUGCAUGAGGUCAGGGCCAAGUUUGGCAUCGAGUCCCGCUGUCCCUGCGGGCGAGGGGCUACAGAGCAGAGCCCGGCCGAGCCCCCGGGCAGGCAGGAGCCGCCAGGGGCCGCGGUGCCCACCCUGCCACCCCCCAGCCGCGGCCAAGCCGACCCCUCCCGGCCCAUCAAGGAAGAGAGCCCCGAGGUGGGGCCGCCGUCGCCGGGGCAGCCCCCGGCACGGGGGGCCGUGCAGACCACCACGCUGUGCGACCUGCUGGCCUCCACCGCCGUGAAGCUGUGCCUGGGGCAGGACGGGGUGCGCAUGGCCUUCGCCCCCGUGGUGCCCACCCUGCCCAGUGACAACCGCCUGACCAGCAUCCUGGACAGCAUCAUCGCCCGCGUGGUGGAGAGGAAGAUCCAGGAGAGGCAGGCGGGGGGGGGAGAGCUGAGCCCCCCCAGCCCCUCUGAGCCCCCCGCAUCCCACUGCAUGCUGGAGCCCAGCGGGCUGCUCUGGCUGCACGACCCCGGCCACGCCAGCAACUACAAACUCUUCCAGGAGCACUGGCGGCAGGGUCAGCCCGUGCUGGUUUCAGGGCUGCAGAAGAGGCUGGAGGGGCGGCUCUGGGGGCCGGAGUCGUUCCGCCCAGCCCGGGGGGAGCAGGAGGUGGAGGCGGUGAACCUGCGGGCACCGGUGAGCCGCGUCCGCCUGAGCAGCCGGCAGUUCUGGGAUGGCUUUGCCGCCAGUGCAGCAUCCCCAGAGCGGGAACACGGCGGUGGGGACUUGCUGAAGCUGGAGAGUGGCCUUGGGGACAUGGAGCUGAGCCGGGUCACCAACCUGCGUGCCAGCCUGCCCCUGCCCGAGUACUGCGGGGCCAGCGGUCGCCUCAACCUGGCCACCCACCUGCGGGGCCAGCGGGGCCGGCGCUGGCUGCGCCCGCGCGUCUGUGCAGCCUAUGGCGUGCGCCCGCGGGACCAGAACGUCGGGACCAAAAACCUGGCGGUGGAAGCGGCCGAUUCCAUCAACGUCCUGGUUCACGCGGAGGCGCUCCUGCCCGGCGACACGGGUGACAUGGACGUGGCGCUGCGGGAGCGGCUCAAGGACACGGCGGGGGCCCGGCCCGGGGCACUGUGGCACAUCUUCCGUGCCGAGGACGCCGCGCAGAUCCGGGAUUUCCUGCGCAGGGUGCAGAGCCUCACGGGCACCAUCAGCGUGGAGCAGCGGUUCCUGUCCCCGGAGAGCUGCACCCGCCUCCGGCAGCUCAGCCCCGAUCCCGAUCCCACCGGGGCCACGCGCCAGCUCCCAGCCCAGCUGGAUGGGAUGAUCUUCUCGGCCGUGCGGGAGGCGCUGGGGGUCCUGCGGGGCUGCAACCCAACCCGAAACAUCCUGCGCGUUGCACCCUGCAGCCCCCUCCCUCCCCCGGACCCUGAUUGCAAGCCCCCCGAAACCGUUCCC